CGCCGGAAGUCCCGCCUCCAUCGUGGGCCUGCGGCAAUUGAGAUCCUGCGAGAACUGAGCCCCUCGCCGGCGUCCCCAUGCGUGGGAACCCGUACACGGCCUGGUACCGGCGAAUGUCGGUCGUCUACGGGCUUGGCACCUGGUCUCUGUUGGGCUCACUGAUUUACGUAUGCCAGAGAAUGACGAAGUCGUCAGGUGGUGAAGAAGACCAAAAGCAUGGCUCAACAAGUAAAAUGCUCAGUGAACCAUCUGAAGCCCCAAAAGGAUUUUAUAUGGAAACAAUUGUCACAUAUAAAGAAAAUUUUGUUCCAGUUGCAGAAAAGAUCUGCAGCUAUUGGAAAUCAUGGACUAGUGACCGUGGAACAAAACCAUGAUUGGCUGUUGAAUUCUGAAAAUCAGGACUUAGUUUAACAUUUAAAUUUGAUAGAUGUCUUGAAUCCCAUUUUGUGUUUGUGAAAAAUGCAUGUAUUUAAAGUUUUUGUAAAACAUAAUCACUGAUAAUAUGCACUAAAUGUUUUCUUGGAGGAAACUAUUUGCAUUUUGUCCCUCUAUAUUUACUUGAGUGAAAGAUUGAUAGGAAAUUUCACAUAGAGCUUCCAUAAGCUUGAUUUCCUGAAACUGGUUAAUGUAGCUUUAUAUUUCUUUCACGUUGCUAUUAGGCACAGCUUUAGUGGUCACUUUAAGGUUAGUUUCAGCAAAUCUCCAUAUUCCGUUUGGGAUUCACAGUAGCCCUUUGGGUACUAUUGCGUACUGCGUAAGCAUGUUAUGAAUUAGAUUCUAACUCCUGAAUUAAAUGGACUGGACCUGUUCUUUAGGACCAGUGCACAUACCCCUCAUUCCUUCAGCAGAUACGGAUUACCCGCCAACUGUGGCCAGUGGUAUUGUAAUGCUAGGAAUGCAGUCAGGACGACAUGAUUGAUGCUGAACCAGUUUCCUCAGUGGUCUGUUGGUUGCCGGCAACAAACACAAGUGAGCGUAAAUCAAAAGGGGGUAUCUAUGAAAAAUGUGUAUUCGUAGUUUGGAGUUAAAGCAGAGAGUAUGUUGAGGUCUUCAAGGGCCUGACACUAGGACUGGAAUGCAGGCAGCCACUUGCCGAGCCUGCCUGGGUCCUUGGCCUUGCUUUUCUUAUUGCACACCAGCUGCUUUUCCCACCUUUCUGAAGUAAUAGAACUAUCCCAAGAAGGUACUACCUCCCAUGUGCAGUGCCAAAGCCUGACCAGACUUCAACCCAGUGGUUGGCGUCUACCCUUGCAAGACCCUCAGUUCAGUUUUUAUCAGAUCCCUGCCUAUGGAUUAUAGAGUACUGCCUCAGUUAUGAAUAAAGUGGCAUUUGUUUCUCA